CGGUGCUCUCCUUUAAUACCGCGCUCCCCUCGCGGUUCCGGUUCCGAGCUAGCAGUUUGGAUCUUAAACUUCGCUCUUGGAGAAAGAUCAAGUCUCAGUGGGAAGAGUGACAACGGACCAUGCAUCUAGAGAAGGAAGGUGGCAGGCUGCCCUCGGGCGCGCUGGAAGUGGAACUCCAUCAGACGUCCGCCCCCCUGCCAACCGGCCCGGGACUCCCCGCCAGCGUCCGCCCGCCACAGCCGGGAGGCAGCUGGUCAGACCCGGCGAGCCCCUACCCCAGCGGGGCAGCUGCGCAGAGCGGCUGGGCACCUGCGGACCAGGAUUUAGGUUCCUUCCUCACGGAGCGGAGGUCUCACACACCUUUACCCCGGCUCUUCGGCUCCAGGUUCCAAGAACCCUGCGUGACGGAAAACACUCCCUUGCUGAGGGAUUCUUCUCAGGAGAAAGGGGUGCGGACCCUGCACAUUUACCACCCGGAGUUCGUCACCGCUGAGGAGUCUUGGGACAACAGCUCGGCUGAGUGGGAGGGUCGGUCGCUGCUGGGCAGCGAGGCGGCUGGCUCCUCCCGGUCUGCCUCCUCGGACAAGGGGGACCUUCUGGAAGGUGCCCACGCCAGGCUCCGCCUUUCGAAGCUGAGGCGCUGUGUCCGGUGGUUGAAGGUCACGGGCCUGUUUGCCUUCGUGGUGAUGUGCUCCGUUUCGUUUAGCCUGUAUCCAGACCAAGGGAAGUUCUGGCAGCUGCUGGCUGUGUCGCCGCAGGAAAGCUACUCUGUGAACCUCAGCAGCAGAGCCGACUCCACGCUGCUCCAGGUGGACCUGGCCGGGGCCCUGGUGGCCAGUGGCCCGAGUCGUCCAGGAAGAGAAGAUCAUGUCGUGGUGGAGGUGACCCAGGCCAAUGCUCCAGGCUCCCGGCGGCGGCCACAGCAGGUCAUUCAUAACUGGACGGUAUUUUUAAGCCCCCGGCAGAGCGAGCGCCUGGUGGUCAGCAGGACCUUUGAGGUUCCGAGCAGAGCAGGCGUUUCCAUCAGCAUCCGCGCCGAGCUCCAGGGGACCCAGGUGGUCCCGCUGCUGCUGGCACACCAGCACCUCCGCGCCAGCGUGGAGGCCCAAGUGACCACUGCCGCCGUCAUCCUCGCCGGCGUCUACGUGCUCAUUAUAUUCGAGAUCGUUCACAGGACUCUGGCAGCCAUGCUGGGAUCCCUGGCUGCCUUGGCGGUCCUGGCCGUGACCAGUGAUAGGCCCAGUCUGGUCCGCGUGGUGGAGUGGAUCGACUUUGAGACCCUGGCGCUGCUCUUCGGCAUGAUGAUCUUAGUGGCCGUGUUUUCCGAAACGGGAUUUUUCGAUUAUUGCGCUGUAAAGGCCUACCGACUGUCCCGGGGACGAGUGUGGCCCAUGAUCUUCAUGCUGUGCCUCAUCGCCGCCAUCCUGUCCGCCUUCCUGGACAACGUCACCACCAUGCUCCUCUUCACUCCGGUGACCAUAAGAUUAUGUGAGGCGCUCAACCUUGACCCGAGACAAGUCCUGAUUGCAGAGGUGAUCUUCACGAACAUCGGAGGAGCCGCCACCGCCAUCGGGGACCCACCAAACGUCAUCAUCGUUUCCAACCAGGAGCUGAGGAAGAUGGGUGUGGACUUCGCGGGAUUCACAGCACACAUGUUCGUUGGGAUCUGCUUUGUUCUCUUGUUCUCCUUCCCACUCCUCAGGCUCCUGUUCUGGAAGAAAAAGCUGUACAACAAGGAACCCAGUGAGAUCGUUGAGCUGAAGCAUGAAAUCCACGUGUGGCGCCUGACCGCACAGCGCAUCAGCCCGGCCAGCCGCGAGGAGACGGCCGUGCAGGGCCUGCUUUUGAGGAAGGUGCAGGCGCUGGAGCAGUUGCUGGCCCGGAGGCUGCACAGCUUCCACAGACAAAUCUCACAGGAAGAUAAGAAUUGGGAGACCAAUAUCCAGGAGCUACAAAAAAAGCACAGGAUACUGGACGGGGUUCUUCUGGCCAAGUGCCUGGCGGUGCUGAGCGUCGUCAUCCUCAUGUUCUUCCUCAACUCUUUUGUCCCCCGAGUCCAUCUUGACCUGGGGUGGAUUGCUAUUCUGGGUGCCAUCUGGUUGCUGAUUUUAGCUGAUAUCCACGAUUUUGAGAUAAUUCUGCACCGAGUGGAGUGGGCAACACUUCUGUUCUUUGCAGCACUUUUUGUUCUGAUGGAGGCGCUGGCACAUCUGCACUUAGUAGAGUACCUUGGCGAGCAGACCAUUUUGCUGAUAAAGAUGGUCCCCGAGGACCAGCGCCUCGCUGCCGCCAUCGUGCUGGUGGUGUGGGUCUCGGCGCUCGCGUCUUCCCUGAUGGACAACAUCCCGUUCACAACUACGAUGAUCCCCGUGCUCCUGAACCUGAGUCGGGACCCCGAAGUCGGCCUGCCCACGCCGCCGCUGAUGUACGCGCUGGCCUUCGGCACCUGCCUGGGAGGUAAUGGGACUCUGAUGGGGGCAUCAGCCAACGUUGUUUGCGCAGGAAUCGCGGAGCAGCAUGGCUACGGCUUCUCUUUCAUGGAGUUUUUCAGGUUGGGCUUCCCGGUGAUGGUCGUCUCCUGCGCGGUGGGCAUGUGCUACCUGCUGCUGGUGCACGUGGUGAUGGGAUGGAACUGACAGACCCACAGCUCUGGAAGACGGAGGGAAGCUGGCUCCGACAGCCGCACCAGGAGAACACCCUCCACGGCCACUCAUGGGGGGGACAAGGUGCUUACCUGGGGCGCUCUGGGCUGCAGACCUUUGGCAUCCGCACUCUUAUUCAGUGGACUGCUGGCCAGUCGUGGCAAAUGUAAGAUAACUUACCCAAGGCUCCCCGACAGGAAGUAUGUAUAUUUCAUGAUGCUUCUUGUCAGGCUACGAAAAGAUGCGAAUGCUGUAACCCCGCCCACAUGGCUUGUGUUGUUCUUCUGGCAUUUCUCCUGAGCUAGCUAUAGUUUUGCUUCAUGUAAUCACUUUUCAUAUUAAAAUAAUCAGUGUUCAAGUUGUGCACCCUCUGCAGACAGACAUUCUCUGCCUGGGACAGGCGUAGAGUUUGUGAGGGAACGUUUUAUGUAUAAAGAAAAUAAUAAAGUCUCCCUUGGCAAAAGGCCUUAGA